UCUUCCAGGGCGGACGCAGGACUCCAUCUCCCAGCAUGCACCGGAGUUUUGCUCGCUCACUGCAGCCUGCAGGAAGUCCCUGCCACAGAGACUAUAAGGACAGCGGCCAUGGAGCAGGCUCCGGUGACAUUUGAGGACGUCGCCGUCUAUUUCACAAGGAGAGAAUGGGAGACGCUGAGUCAGGAGCAGAAGUCGCUGUACAAGGAGGUGAUGAACGAGAACUACCAGAUGAUCCUGUCACUGAACCGUCCGGACAUCAUACAGAGCAUUGAUCUAGGAUGUGAGCCGUACGUCCAGAGCCUCGGUGACUGCGACCACAAAGGUGUUUGGCAAGAGAAGAAUAUGAAGGAUGAAUCCUCAUUCCAGCCGAGCCGCAGUGACAUCACGAGCAGCAGAUGUGAGGCGCAGGUGAAGCGGCAGAGGCGCUAUCCCCGAGUGAACCCCUUCAGGUGGAUCAAGAAAGACAAGAAAAAGAAAAGCCGCAUUAGUCGAUCCGCGAAGAGAACUAAGGAGAAAAAGACACUGGGAGGAGAUGAUCUAAUGAAAGUCUCACCAGAGAGAAGACGCUGUGAUGUUUCCACCAGCAUCUCACAUGAGCCUGCCAGUAACCCGGAAGACAAGCCGCUCCUUGAUGAGCCCUGUGGGAUGAUGGGUGGGAGUAAAGAUCUCUGUUCUGAGGAGGAGGCAGCUGAUGAGACAGAAGCAGACCCUUCAGGAGAAGCCGUCAGCACACGCAAGAUACAGGAAGAUGUUUCAGAAGGAAGCAGCCUGACAAGACGUGCAAGGUUCGCAACAAAUGUGAAAAACUAUGAAAAACGUACCGAAGAUGCUCACUUACCAUCCAACGUGAAUGGUUUCCAGAAAGGAGAGGACUCGAGACUUCAUGGUGAUUCUGCCGAUUCCAAAGACAUUGCUGUAUGUGAGGCCUCCAAUUUUCUGAUGGAAGCCACCAGUGAGAGCCCCAGCAAGAAUGGAUCCCCGGAAACUGCAACUGGGAAGGAGGAAAAAAUGUCUCCAACCACAGAAAAAAAAGCAUCCCGCAAGAAAAGAGACAAACACGUGAAGUUCAACGAGGUGGUCACCAUGAUUCUGAUUAAGCAGCAGUCUGAAGAACGCUCCAGUAAAUGUCUGGAGAGUGGAGUGAAGCUGCAGAGCACAAGUCUUCCUGUUCUCAAGAAUGUGAAUGAUGACGACAAGAAUAGGAAAGUGGAGCAAUGCAGCACUGGACAUGACGUAGAAGAUAGAACAUCUCAGGGUCAGAAUUCCCUUCAUAGGAACGUAGAAGGAAGUAAGCGCACAAGAAAGAGACCGACUGGGUCAAGCUGCCGUCCAAGUACAAUGAAAUACAGCAAGAAGAGGAUUGUGGUCGGAACGGGAUCAGCCCCGCAAGCCUUAGAGCAGCCAAUGUCUCCAUCCAAAAAUACUGUAAGAGAAAGAAAUGAGCUGCACGGAGUAGAGGAUAAGAAGGUCUGGACCAUGAAUAGUGAAGGCAGGAAGGUGAACGCCUGCUCAGUACCACCACAGACAAACACUCCCCUAAACAACCAUGAGCAGAAGUUCAUUAAAUCUUAUUCCUGCUCCAACUGUGGUAAAAUCACCCACUGGUCGAAGCUCAGCAUAUAUCAGAAGGAGAAUAUAGAGAGGUCGAUCGCUCAUAUGUGCAGAACUUGUGGUCGUCGUCACAAGAGCAGCUGUCCUGCCACUGCUCCUGACCAGGCGAUUCAUCCACUCGCCCUCACCAGUCCUGGGGUUGAUGAAAUGUCUAAAGCAGCAGAUUACAGUAAGAAGAUUGCAGCCGAUUCCUCUGCUCCACCAAAUACAGAGAAAAGACGACACAAAGAUGAAAGGAAAGUGAAGACCACAGAAGAGUCGAAGCAUCUUGUCACUGCUAGUGAUCAGAGAACAGGAGCCAGCAGUGAUCAUUGCAGAAAGCCUCCACAAACCUCUGAAGAUGACAGCAAAUCCAAUGCAUGCCACCAGUACCGAAAUCCUGGAGCUGCACUGGAUGUGACGCUGAAGACUUUUACAGGAUCCUCCGUUAAGAGUACGUCCACUGCUAAUCAUUCACCUCUGGGUCUGGACUCCAGAAAGAACAGAAUUAUUAUAAAGGAUAAGAAUGUGGCCUCCAAAUCUCCUGCUGACCAGCCCAGGAAACCUGGAGACAACAGAGAACAUGAGGUUUGCACAAUAUGGAAAGAAUGUUCUAUAACAGAGGAAAGGAAUCAUCCAUUAAGGUCUGAUCAGCAGAAGAAAGUGACCAAGAGUUGUCCCAGCGUGCUCCAGAAGACUCAGAACUUUCCUCAGGCUGCUGUGAAGACACACUCUAUUAAUCUAAACAAUAUAAGGAACCCCAGGCGGAUCGUGGACCCUAUAAAGUCAAAAUUUGAUAAAGACUGCACUAAAUGUGGCAAGAGUCUGGCAAAGCAUGUUACCGUGAACAGUGAGAAUCCCGCUGAUGGUAGUGAGAAGAAUUGUGUUCUGCGUGUGAAGACAAAGUGUGAGCAACCACCAGAAGAUAGGGAGCCCUUCCAAUGUAAACAGUGCGGGAAAAUCUUCACCAAGAACCACACUAAACCCCCUGGAGAGCGCCCCUACUCCUGCAAGAAAUGUGGUAAAUCCUUCCAUGACAGUGGAAACAAUGAAGUUCACAUGAAGUUGCAAACUAAGGAGAAGAUGAAGAUAUUUACAGGGUCCUCAGCCGACAACGCUGCUGCUGAUACUUCAACUCCGGGUCUGGAUUCUAGUUAUAGCAGAACUGGCACUAAGGACAAGAAAAUGACUUUCAAAUCUUUUGCUGAGCUGCCUGGAAAGACUGACAGCAAAGAACAUGAGGAGGUCUGCAUGAUAUGCGGAGAUAGUUUUAUAGCAGAGCAAAAGAAUGAUCCAUUUGUCUCUGAUCAGCAGAAGAAACGAACCAAGGGUAGGCCCAGUGUGCUUGAGAACACCCAGGACCAUCCUCAGGCUCUUCUCAAGACGUGCUCUUCUUGUGUUUCCAAGAUAAGGAACCCCAGAAAGAUCGAGAACCCUGAGAAUCUGCAAUCUAAUAAAAACUGCUCUAAAUGGGGCAAGAGUGCAGCGGAGCAUGUGAAAGCAGAGAAUCCUGCUGAGGGUGGCAAGAAGAAUCAUGUUCUACGGUUGAAGAAGCGUAAGCAACCGUUGGAAGGGAUUGAGCCCUACCAGUGUAAACAGUGCGGGAAAACCUUCACCCGUCACUUCACUCUGCUGCAGCACCGCACCGUACACACCGGAGAGCGCCCCUACUCCUGCAAAGAAUGUGGUAAAGCCUUCCGGGAUGGUGGAUACCUUAAAGUUCACAUGAGAUUGCACACUAAGGAAAAACCCUACACUUGUUCAGAGUGUGGUAAGUGUUUUGGUCAGAACUCCACACUGAUGGUGCACUUGAGGACACAUACCGAUGAGAGACCAUUCCAAUGUAGCGAGUGCGGGAAGAGUUUUAGUGAUCGUUCCACCUUUCGGCACCACCAGAUGAUUCACACCGGGGAGAAGCCAUUUACAUGUUCUUUUUGUGGAAAGAAGUUCACGCAGCAGGCACACGUCAAGCGACAUGAGAAGAUGCACACCGGGGAGAGGCCGUUUGGAUGCACAAUGUGCGAGAAGAGAUUUAUUGACCGCACAAAGCUGAGGAAACAUGAGCUGACCCACAACCGAGAGCCCAAGAACUGACCCAGUCAUCAGGCCUGGAGGUCACCAUGUUGACCCCCGCUGUCUGCCCGCUUGUACUAUAAUAUGGCACUGCUGUGCUUCAAAGCAUUUUAUGGAGAUUUAUAUUUUUCUACUUAUUUAUAGGAUAAUUGUGGAUCUGUAGAAUCUACUGAACAUGUGAUCCAGGACAGGAUCCAGAGUCGCUUCUUAACUGCCAUUGUUAUUCCUGUGCUGACCAUUGUAUGUACUUGUUUACUCACAUUCUGGCCAAUACCACCCAGAGCUGUGGCCCUUUAGUGCCCCAUUGGAGUCUGGUGUAGGAUCCCUGCUGUCUGUAGUGGGUAAGGACCCUUAUACCUUCACACCGCUGGGAGCUAACAUCACUUUUAUACACAUACAGUUGCAAUCAGAAUGAUUCAACCCCCAUUUCAGACUAGGUUUAUCAGCCAAAUUUAUAAAAUUUGGGCCAACUGC